AUGUAAUUUCAAACUAGAGAAAAGACAUCUCGUUCUGUUUCACCUGCCAAUCGUCAAGAGUUGGUAACCAUAAUACCGAGGUCUCAAAGCCCAACCAUAACGAAAGAAUAAUUAUAAGUAUAAAUUUGUAUAAUUAAGAACACCAAAUUUUACAAUCGUUUCUAUAGAUAGGAACAACGUUAUCAACUUUUAUAAGAUUAGGUUUACAGAUAUAUAUAAUGCAUAGAUUAAUGCAGAGAUCAAAGCAUUAUCAAACAAGAAGAAGAUCACAGAAAAUUCCUAUGCAAUAAUUGCCAAUUAAUUACAACAAAGAAUUUCGGAUUCAUUAUCUAGAUUCAAAAGCGAAAGACUUGAAUUUGAAUAAAUUGGGGCAGCAUUCACUGAUUUAAAAAUAUUCCAAGAAAUUAUUUUUGAUAGCGAAGGCAAAUGUAAAUUUAUAUUUGUAAUAUAGUAUUAAAUAGUGAUUAACCUCUUAAUCUAAGAGGUAAAUAAGAGGUAUUUUUACAUCUCUAUAUAUUUAGAUGUUGAUGCAUGAAAUGUUGUGGAAUCUAGUAUCGUAAGAUGGUGAACAUGAAUAUGUUGAAACCUAAAUGGUAUUAUGUGUAUUUAGAAUCUUGAUGGACCCAGUCAAAUUGUCAGUCGAGGAAACAGCUUAAUUAGUUUUAGACUUCCUAAACUACGAAGUCACCAAUUACAAUUAAAAAUUCGAUUAGGCAAAAAGAUUAGUCAUUCAAUUUAGAGCACUUACAUAAAAUUAGAUUUUCUCAGCUUACCCAGACAAAAAAAAAGAAAUUGAGGAUGUCAAGGAGAAACAUGCUCCAUCUAUAAAUUAGAAAUCUUAAAUUUUAGCUUAUCAAAACAGACAAAGAUACAUGGAUAAAUAAUUAAGUACGCAAAGUUAAAGUUGCAUCGAUGUUCUAUUGAAAAAAAAGGAAGAAUUCAAUAGAGAAAUAUAAAAAUAAUAGAUCUAAAAAUAGGAAGAGAAGAUGAAGGAAUGUACAUUCCAGCCUAAGAUUAAUUAAAAUUACUCAUAAAAUUCUACAAUUGAUGUGGUGAGUAGAUUAUAUACUUAAGAGUCUAUUCAUUAAAAAAGAUUGUAUUAAGAGGAAAAUAUAAGAAAAACUUAGGAAUAAAAAGAAUUAAUAGAGUUGAAUUAAUGCACAUUCACACCUUUAAUUAAUGAUGGCAUCCCUAUAUCAACAACAAAUGCAAGCACUCCAAAAGACUACGAUAGAAUGGUGGAUAGAAUGAGAAAGGCCAAUAAUAGAGCAAGAGAACAAAAAGAAAAAUUAAAUCAGUAUGAAAUCAACUUAUAUUUAGUGUAUCCACUGGAGAAUAAUUAGAAAAACUGAGAAAUUCUCCAUUCAAUCCCCCAUAAAUGGUAAAUAGACCAAAAUUAAAAAAAAAACCCAUUGUUAUUAUGGAUGUGAAUAUCUGUCCAGGUAAAUAAGGGAGAUUGGCCCUGUAUGAAGAUUAAGACCCUCAAGAUGUCGUCAAGAACUUUGCAAAAUUAUUCAAUCUGAACACAGAGAUGUCAGACAUAUUACUAAAUGUUUUGGAACAAGAGAGAUAAAAGAUGAUGAAAAAAUAAUGCUCUUGA